UGCGCUCUGGUUUUGUCUCCAGUUGAGGAGAGAUUCUCCACACUUCGCGGAGCUUCCUCACCCCAGCCAGCCGAGAGGAUGAACGGAUUGGAGUCUGGUGUUCCUCCGCGGCGGAUCGUCCUCCAUGCCUCCGUCUGAACUAGUUCCUUUGGUCUGAUGUUUCCCCUCCGAGCCUCAUUUCGGAGAGAAUGCUUCUUCUCAUUUUUGCGACUUUAUUUGGAGUCCUUCUCAACGCAGGAGAUGCCCUUCAGAUCCAGUGCUACCAAUGUGAGGAGAUGAAGCAAAAUGACUGCUCCACGCCGGAGUACAUCGUCAACUGCACCGUCAACGUUCAGGACAUGUGCCAGAAGGAGGUGUUGGUCAAACCCGAUGGAAUACAUUAUCGUAAAUCAUGCGCCUCCUCUGGGGCGUGCCUCAUCUCCUCCUCUGGAUACCAGCAGUUCUGCACCGGCAGGGUGAACUCCGUGUGCAUCUCCUGCUGCAACACCCCCCUCUGCAACGGGCCCCGGAGGAAGCGCCCCACCCCCUCAGCGGCGACGUCCAAUCGGCCUUCUCUCUUCCUCUUCCUCACCUUCCUCCUGCUGCCGCUCCUCCCUGUGACGUAGGCUGAGGAGGAGCUCUGGUGUACAGUUUGUUUACUUCAGUUCGAAACUAUUGCAAGAAAAAAAAGUGUUGAUGUCGUUUUUUGUUGAUUUAGUUUUCUGUCCAGUUGGAACUUGAUUCUACGUUGUCGUGUUAACAGAGGUGAUUUAAGGAUUCAAAAGAUCUGUUCACGACAUUCAUUAGGGACAGUAUAAUAAUAGAGCUUUAUUUGUAUGGCACUUUUUAAAGUGACUACAUGGCACACAUCACAAAUUUAAACAGAACAUGAAAUUCACUUCAGGUCACAAGGAGGUCAAAUAGGUAUGAUAAUAACAGUAAAAUACAAUCUAAUUCAUUAGGAAUAUUUUAAAAAUAAAUAAUAAAUAAGUAAAUAAAACAAUAAUAAAACCAAUAUAAUAAUCAUACAUUAAAUAAAUAAGAGGAAUAAUAAAGAUUGAUAGACACAUUAAAAGAGAAUGCCGCUUAUAAAACUAUAAAAUAAAUAAUAUUAAUAAAAACCUAUAAAACCUAUCAAAUCUAAAUAAUAAAUAAAAAAAUCUAAAAAUAAAUAAAUAUUAAAGGACUAAUUUAAAGGGGAUGUCACUAAUAACAAAUCUAAAAACAUGUGUCUUCAGCUGUUGUUUAAAAAUGUCCUCUACAGGAUAGUGUUGCCACAUAUCAUAUAGUUAAAACAUCAUAUGGAAUUAAAAAUAGUGCAAGAAGAAAUAGAAAUCAAAUAGUACCAAAGAAGCAAAAAUAAAUCAUAUGACCUUAGGUUUGGGCAACAGUAGAGUCAAAUCAAACAGGAAGUCCUUGCAGCUUCAACGUAUGCUCUUCCUGUAGUAAUGAACCUUCCACUGAUGAUCAUUAAUGCACAUUUGUAUUGUCUUAGAUUCCCCUUGGAGCUGUGAGGUCCCGAAGGAGCAGAUUUGGACACUUUUUAAUCGUUACGCCGUGGAGAGAAACUGUCGAUGUGAUCGAUAAAACCCCGUGAGGAGGAUGGCGCUUUGAAAUCCUGGUGACGGGAAACAUGUCGAGCUUUACUGAAUCGUUUAUCACUGCUGUGGCCGGAGAAGGACCAUCCAAAUCUCAAAUCGUUCCUGUUUGUGAAGUGGAGCGUGUUGUGAGGAAGCGCCUCCGGGCCUCUGGUUAUUACAUGCUGUAAACUGGUAUUGUGGAAAAUGAUAUAUUUAAGCUAUAUUUUGUGGGCUUCUGUUGGUUUUCUCCCUUGUUAAUAUCGUUGCUGUCAUGAUGAAUCCGGCUUAUAUGAAUUCUCCUGCUGCACAUUCAUGAUCGUAUAUGCAUAUUUCCACUGCCGAACAAUAUUAACUCACUCAGAAAUAGGAAAAACGAUUUGUUUUAUUGAUUUCAAAAAGGAAUCUGUUGUCCACAAAGCUGAUUAGAUGAUUUAAUAAUCCAUAUACUCCUUUGGGAAAUGUAAUAUUAAACGGCCUGUGAGUUGAACUACAUUAUAUGGAUAUAGCGCAGUAUAAGAACAUGCUAUAAGCACAAACACAUUCUCACUAGAGAAAUGCUUCAGGGUGAUAUCACUCAUAUUUCCUUUUAAGUUAAUAUUUCUUUGUACUUCAAAUAUUACAAAUAUGCCCAUCAUAGCUUGCAUGUUAAAGCUGUAGACCAAAUAUUCACAUUAUACACAAUGAAAAUAAAUGUGGCUUAAUGUAUCUAUUCCCAUGGCAAAAUGUGUUAUACUUCAGUCUUAAUUAUUGAUUUUUUGUUCUGAAGUUUUAUUUGAAUAUGUGUACAGUAUUAUAUUUAUAUGUACAGAAUGUGCUGUAAACAAAAACAACGCAGACAUUCUCCAACUGUAUUUUAAUGCAACACGUGACAUUAUUAAUGGUCAAGAAACUGAGGGAAAGCCUUGGUGUACAUUAAUGAAUAUAAUAAGACUUAUUUCUGUUCUGGAAACGGGGAAGAUGGACCAUGUGAUAAAUGUUCAUGGCAGUUGUUGGCUGGUCUUCUGUGAAGAGUCAUUCUGUAUUCUGCUGAAAUGUGAUGUAAAUAAAUGUUGCAGAAAAAAAGUCGCGAAAGCUCUGAUGUUUCCGGAAAAAAUGAAUGUAAUUUAGUAGCUGAUUAGACAUUGAAACCAUGUACAUGUAUACACUUGUGAAUUGUUCAAUUAGGCUUUACUCUCUGUCAUUUUCCACACAUCUUAUUAUGUUCUGCUGACUCAGGAAAACUCAAGGGGGGGGAUGACUUUACCUGGGAAAUGAAAUCCACCAACGCUGCUGGGGUCCCUGGGAGCCAGUUUGAGCAUAAAUGUCCCCCCCCCCCCGAACCUUCACACGGCCAGGCUAAGGACAGAGUUAUUAAAUGAGCUACACUUCAGUAUGCUACCAUCACUCAUUACUCAUCUAUUGAUUGUUUGUCUGUGUUUUCUAAUGAGUUUUAUAGUGUUUUUCCCAACCUUCUCUUGCUAUUAUGUAUGCAUUAUUGAGUAAAAGUCUUAAAAUAUAUAUCACACA